AUGUUAUUAAUCUUAAUAAUAUUCGUUGAAUUAAUAAAUGGUAUUUAUAUGACAAAUCAAUUUAUUGAAGAACCAGAAGAUAUUGAAACAAUAAUUGGAUCAACAAUAAUUCUUCGUUGUCGAACAGAACCUAUUCAUCAAACUCAAGUUAAUUGGUGUAAAAAUGAUUUUUGCACAUUAGGAAAAACACGAGAUUUACCAUUUUAUCCUCGUUAUCAAAUUAUUGGACAUGCUCAUCAAGGUGAACAUCAUUUUAAAAUAGUUAAUGUAUCAUUAGAAGAUAAUGGAAUGUAUCAAUGUCAAAUUCAAGCUGGACCUCGAAGAUCUGGUUCAAUGUCACGAAAAGCUAAAUUAACUGUUUUACAAAUUCCAACAAGUUUAUCAAUUGAUAAUCCAAUAAUAUUAAUAGAAAAUGUUUUAUCAUUUAUUAUAUGUCGAGGAGAUAAUGGUAUGCCUGAAGCUAAACUUUCUUGGCAUAUUCCCAAAUCAAUAAAUUAUUUAUCAAUAAAUGAUUAUGUUCUUUUAUCUGGUCAAUCAUUAAGAAAUUCAAUAUCAAAUUUAACAUUAAUACCAAAUAGAUCUUAUCAUGGUAUAUUAAUUCAAUGUCAAGCACAUUCAUCUGCUAUUUUAUUAAAUAAUAAAACAAUGAUAACUCAACAAUAUAUUCAAACCAUUUUUCGACCUGAAAUAAAUAUUAGUUUAAUUGGUCAACAAAUAGAAAAUAAAAUAAUAACUAUUCAAUGUUAUGUUAAUUCUCGACCAAAAUUAAUUAAAAUCGAAUGGUUUAAUGGAACUGAUUUAUUAAAUGUAACUAAUGAAAAUCGUUUAUCAUUUAUAUUAACAAGAUAUAUGCAUAAAAAUAAAAUAACUUGUCAAGCAACAAAUCAAGUUGGAAAAACAAAUCAAUCAAUAGAACUUUAUAUUACUUAUAAACCAAUAUUUAUAGAUAAAUAUGGAAAUAAAUUAAAUAAUUAUUCAGUUGUAUUAGUUAAUGAAGGAGAAUCAAUUGAAUUAGAAUGUUUUAUUGAUUCAUCUCCAUCAUCAUUAAUAACUUGGAUAUUCAAUAAUAAAAUAAUAUCAAUAAAUAAAACAUUUUUUCAAAUAGAUUAUAUUCAAACUAUUCAACAUAUUGGCAUUUAUAUAUGUUCUGCACAUCAUUCUUUUUUUGGAACAUUUAAUAGAACUAUUCGACUUGCAUUAAAAGGACCACCUGAAAUGAUUGAAGAUAAAAUAAUUGAUUCCGUUUAUGUUGGACAAUCAGUGAUACUUGUUUGUUCGAUUUCAAAAGAUAUUCCUAUUCAAGAAAUAUAUUGGUCACGAGAAGAUCAAUCAAAAAUAAUUUCAAAUGAAAAAUAUGAAAUAAAUGAAAAUGAAAGAAUAAAUCAAUAUGGUUCAUCAAUAACUAAAUAUCAAUUAAGAGUUAUUCAUAUAAAUCAUUUAUUAAUUCGACCUUUUUUUUUAUAUGGAUCAAUUAUAAUUGGUAUUUUUAUUUCUUUUAUUUUAAUUAUUUUAGCAUUAAUUAAUAAUUAUCAACAAAAAAAAACAAAAAGAAUAAGAAAAAAAUCUUCAACAACAGAUGAAACAAUAUCAUCUUUAACUAAACAACAAGAAUAUGUUCAACAUGAUUAUCAAGAUGAACCUAAUUCAAUAAUUGAUCAACAAUUUAUUCAUAAUCAUACAAAUGAUAUAUUCGAUUCUUGUCAACAUGAUUUAUUUUAUUUCGAAAACAAUUCAAAAAGAUAUUCAACUGUUGUUUAA